ACCUUUACAAUUUCGUUAAAAAAACCCAGCCCCCGUGUGGCAACGAAUGCUGUUGUUUCAGCUUCCUUAAGAGAAAUAUCUCUUUCGAGAUGGCGUCCAUGGCGAUCGGCGUGAGCUUGUCGAUGAGUAACGGCAUAGGAAGAAGAGACGACGUUGCUUGAUUAUCAGCGAAGGCACUGAAGCUGAAUCAGAAGAAGAACUCACAGAGUGAGAGUAGAAGCAUGAUUUUGGGUAUGAACAGACGCCUUGCCUCCAGAGCAAAACGAACCGUCUCGAAGUCGGUCCUCGUAGACGGAGAGGGGGAGGAGAAGGGCCAGACGAAUCUGAGAGUUGGACUCAUCUGCGGAGGACCGUCGGCUGAGCGGGGGAUUUCUCUCAAUUCAGCUCGAUCAGUUCUCGAUCACAUUCAGGGUAACGGUAUAAGCGUGAGCUGCUACUACAUAGAUGCUCAUCUCAAAUCCUUCGCAAUUUCCUCCGCUCAGCUGUACUCGAAUACUCCCGCAGAUUUUGAUUUCAAGCUCGAGAGUCUUGCACAGGGAUUCUCUUCGUUAUCAGACUUGGCUGAGCAUCUUGUUUCCGCUGUGGACAUUGUCUUCCCUGUUAUUCAUGGUCGAUUUGGUGAAGAUGGGGGCAUUCAGGAGCUGUUGGAGAGUCACAACAUUCCAUUUGUUGGGACUGGAUCCAGUGAAUGCCGUCGAGCCUUUGACAAGUAUGAAGCUUCUUUGGAGCUCAAAGAACAUGGGUUCAUGUCAGUACCAAACUACUUGGUGCGGGGAAUCGGAGUAGACGAGAGUGAAAUAGCACAAUGGUUUACAGAUAACCGGCUGGACCUUGAUGUGGGAAAAGUGGUGGUAAAACCAGCUAGAGCAGGGUCAAGCAUUGGUGUCAAGGUUGCUUUUGGCGUAAAUGAUUCAAUCAAGAAGGCUGUUGAACUUAUUCUAGAGGGAAUUGAUGAUAGGAUUGUUGUUGAGGUGUUUAUUGAAAAUGGACAUGAGUUCACUGCCAUCGUCCUGGAUGUGGGUUCUGGUUCUGAUUCCCGUCCUGUUGUGCUGUUACCCUCUGAGGUGCAACUUCAGUUCCAUGGCAGUGGUGAUCCGGAGGAAGACGCCAUCUUCGACUAUCGGAGGAAGUAUCUGCCGACACAACAGGUCACCUAUCACACUCCACCUCGUUUCCCUAUCCAUGUUAACAAAAGUAUCCGUGAAGAGGCAUCUCUUCUAUUUCAAAAACUAGGUCUUCGCGACUUUGCUCGCAUUGAUGGAUGGUAUUUGGCUCCCACUUCAAAUAUAUCACCAGCUCCAAAUGAAACGUCUAGAGGACGCAUGUCAGCGGAUAUUAUUUUCACAGACAUCAACCUGAUAAGUGGCAUGGAGCAAAAUAGCUUUCUCUUCCAGCAGGCUUCUAAGGUUGGGUUUUCUCAUUCAAACAUUUUGCGAACCAUCCUCCACCGAGCUAGCUCAAGGCUUCCGCAUCUUACUUGGCAUAAUUAUGAGUCUAAUCAUUUGCUUCGAGGUUCAACAACCCUGGAAACCUCCGGGGACGUCCAGAAAGUGUUUGUAAUGUUUGGAGGAGACACUUCAGAGCGGCAGGUCUCUGUCAUGAGCGGAACAAAUGUCUGGAUGAAUCUGCAAAGAUUUGCUGAUCUGAAAGUAACUCCCUGCUUGCUUUCCCCAUCACUUAGCAACUCAUCUAGUGAAUUUCCCGACAAAACCGAAUCUGAUUUGGACAACAGAGAAGUCUGGUUAUUACCGUACUCUGUUGUGUUAAGGCACACUGCUGAGGAAAUUCUUGCGGAGUGCUUGGAAGCAAUCGAGCCUGAUCGGGCUCGGUUUACAUCUCGGCUGCAAAAGCAAGUGAUGGAGGAUCUUAUGGAUGGUUUGAAGAAUCAGAGCUGGUUUGGAGGGUUUGAUAUAAUAGACGAACUGCCAAUUAAAUAUUCGUUGAGAGAGUGGAUCAAGCUUGCCAGUGAAGCUCAAGCAACUGUCUUCAUUGCAGUGCAUGGAGGAAUUGGGGAAGAUGGUACACUGCAAGCCUUACUGGAGGAUGAAGGAGUUGCUUACACAGGUCCAGGCGUACGAGCUUCAAGAACUUGCAUGGACAAGAUUAUUACAUCUCAGGCUAUUAGUCACCUUUCAGAGUUUGGAGUUCAUACCAUAAGUAAAGACGUGAAGAGAACAGAGGAUAUUAUGCAUGAGACCAUCUCAAACAUUUGGGAUGAAUUGAUCACCAAGCUUCGGUGUCUGACAUUCUGUGUUAAGCCAGCAAGGGAUGGAUGCUCUACUGGUGUUGCAAGAUUAUGUUCCUCUGAAGACCUUACUGUAUAUGUACAAGCUUUAAAAGAUUGUCUACCAAGGAUUCCUCCAAACACUUUGUCUAAGACACAUGGAAUGAUUGAGAUGCCAAAUACUACUCCUGAGUACUUGAUUUUUGAACCAUUUGUUGAGACCGAUGAAAUCGUAGUUUCAUCCAAGGCCAAGCAGAAGCUCUCUUGGAAAGGUACGAGGCGGUGGGUAGAGAUAACAGUGGGAGUAAUCGGAAAACGUGGGUCAAUGCGUUCACUGAAUCCGAGUCUUACUGUCAAGGAAAGUGGUGAUAUAUUAUCACUCGAGGAGAAGUUCCAAGGCGGCACUGGCAUAAACCUGACUCCACCUCCACCAACAAUCAUGAGUAAGGACGCUUUGGAAAGGUGCAAACAAGGCAUUGAGCUGAUUGCGGAAACUCUUGGUCUAGAGGGGUUUUCACGUAUAGAUGCUUUUGUGCACGUUGAAACCGGAGAGGUGCUGGUUAUAGAGGUGAACACAGUUCCUGGAAUGACUCCUUCCACUGUAUUAAUCCAACAGGUGAUAUUUUUUGCAUUAAUACAUAUCUUCAAGCCUGUAUUUGAUAAAGACUCUCAGGAUACAUUGAUACGUUUUUGUUUUGUGAUUGGAAACUUAAUAGGCAUUAGCAGAGCAGCCACCAAUGUACCCUCCUCAGUUCUUUCGCAAAUUGCUCCAUCUUGCUACACAGAGAGUUUGAGUGACUCAGUUUGAAUUUCCAUAGAGGUUUUGAUUAAAGAUUCGGUUGAAUCGAACAUGGCUAGGGCCUUGGGAGUUUUGGGACCACUAUGUAAGGUAAUAGAUAGUGUUGUUGUAAACCAAACAAAACGGUUUUUCCUUAUCAAAUCAUUUAACACGCCCCA